AUGCCCCAGGAUCUGGCAAUUAUCAGGGAAAUUUAUGAGCAUGAAUAUUCCUCAGAAGAAUUUGAGCUACAGCUUGACAGAGCCCUUGAAACAAAGGCAGAGACUAUAGUUAUUGAACCAGCUCGUCUCGGGGAGGACACCGCACGAUGGAUUUCUUGCGGAAACUGCCUGCACAAAACUGCUGUCAUUUCAGGGCUCGGUUGCUUGUUGUGUGGUGGGAUGUGGCCAGAGAAAGGAAUUUUCUUUCUACCCCUGGGCUUCACAAGUGUUGUGUGCGCAGGAGUAUAUGCAAUAUCAUGGCAGUUUGAUCCCUGCUGUAAAUAUCAGGUCGAAUACGAUCUCAUGAAAGUACCGAAGCUGCCUCUACACACUCUAACAACUACAACACCUGUUGUGUUAGUACGCAGGGAUGACACUAGAAGGAAGGUUCUACAGAACAUUUUAGCUUUAGCUGCCGGUUCCUUCUGUUUUUACAAAAUAUAUAGAUGGUACUUGUAG